AUGGUCGCCCUGGCCUCCGCCUUCCCCCACGAGAAGCGCGAAACCACCGAGGCUCAAUGCGUCAAGCCCUACCUCUGCUGCGGAGAGCUCAAGACUCCCCUCGACGACACUGUUGACCCUAUCCUCAUGACCUUGGGUAUCAACGCCGCAAGCCUUGUCGGAUCCAUUGGUCUUGACUGCAAGGCUUAUGACGACUCUUGCAAGAGUGAGCCCCAGUGCUGCACUGAGGCUAACCUUUUGGGUGGUACUCUUGCUCUCGGCUGCGCUCCGCUCAAGUCCAAGUCCAAGUCUUCUUAA